GCCAAAACACGGGACGAGCACGCGAGACGCCAUAUUAAGCGAAUGUUGAUUGAAUGCGGUUUAGGUGUUUACGCGGUCCUGAAGAAAACCCGUGGAAAAGACGCAACGAUUGUCGAGUAAUCCGUAACGAGUGUCGACGAACGAUCGAGCUCCGUGCGAUAGCUGUGACCACGCGGCGAUAGAAUGAGCGGCAGCGACGGCGGAGACGGUCAAUGCAACAGGAGGAGAGAAAGCAACGUUUUAGCGAUGGGUGACAUCCUCGCGAAGAAGCACGCAGAUGAUGCACGUCGCGACGGAUGCAUCAGAACGGGCGACGAUGUCGUGCGGCGGAACACUGAACGGGCCGUCGCUUACAUGGAAGACUCUGUCAGGUCGCCCAUCGUCGCGGAUUCGGUUCCUGUCGCGAACGUGAGACUUGACGAAAGCGUGGUUGAUGAGUUCAUCAAAGGUGCGCGGGCACCAGAAAGUAUGGGACUCAAUGCAACUCAUAUGGGGAUAGGAAUGAAUAUCGAAAAUAUCGAUAAUACAGUGACGACGAACAAUAAUCCCUGCAGAGGAAAGGAGAUGUGUUCUUGUGACGAGUGUAAGGCAAAUAGGGAUCUCUUUAGAGAAGAAGUGCAGAAAGCCACUAAGUUCCAGAAUUUGUGGACAGAAUUGCGGCAGCAUAUAAGGGGUUCCUUUAACGUAGCGUUGGAAGCUAGACAUUCAGGAGCACAGCUCGAACAGAAUCCCUUCUCAGAGGACGAUAUGCAUAAAAUUGUUUUACAAUUGUGUAAAAGGGAUCCUCAUCAGUUGUUUAUGAAGCUAGUGAGUCUGGCUCAAGAGUUUGUAGUAGAAGUAAAAGUUCGGUUGUUAGCUCUUCUACAUGAUAAUAAUGUAAAUAAUUUAGCAGAAACUUUUCUUACAGGUCUUUUAGACGAUUAUGAUGCAUUGAUAUCUACAGCUUUAAAAAUUUCUGAAUUUGUAAAAUUGUUAAAAGAUCAUUUAGGCAAGUUUAAGUGUAAAUUUCCUUUAUCGUGGGGUUCUUUUAUUAAAAAGCUUUAUCAAAUCUAUAUAUACGAUGAUCCAUUGAUACAAAAUAAUUUACCACCGUUUAUUAGUCAGUUAAGAAAACUUUUGCCUUUAAAAGACACGGAAUAUCAACGUCUCGUUCAUCGAUAUCUGUCCUUUGACAAAGAGAUGACGGUGAUUAGAGAUCUAUGGGCAGAAACGGAAUCGUGGAUGGACAAGUAUAAUGCAGAACAAGCAUUUCGGAUGACUCGUGUUAGGCAGGUAAGGGAGGGUUGGGAAUUAUUCACAGCAACUAAGAAACUUAUGGAGCAACGUAUGUUGCAUAAAUCACCUGAUGCUGGAAGUGAAUUACAGGAAGCGGAUGAGCAAAUUUCGACGCGUAUGUCGCAGGAGAAGAUUUGCGCAUCGGACGCGGACAGUAGACCCUUGAGUCCCACUCCUGAUUUUAGUUUGGAUUCGCUUAAUAUGCUUCCGAGCAUCGAGAUACUUAAAAUCUUAUUAGACGAUUUAGCACAGUUUGCGAUGAAGUCCGUCAGGGCGCAUAACGAGGGAACUUCCUUGGAAAGUAACGGUCAAGAAGAUAAAAGUUGUGAAUGUCACAUAUGCACAGGGCCUGCAGUAACUUCGACCGUAAAUAAAAGUGACUCGGAGAACAUGCUGUUGCCGUUCGACAGUGCUUUUUCCCAGGUUAUAAUAAGUGAUUUGUUAGAACAUACGGGAUAUUAUUCUGCGACGCAGGUAAAGAAAAAAGGGCAGGAUGUCGAAAUGAAAGAAGCGAAAAUCGAUGGUAGCGAUGUAAGAAACGCGAACGAGAAUACCGAUCUAAGAACGUUCGAUCCACAACCUUGUACAUGUGUAUAUCAACACGUGAAAGAAAUUAUGGAGAGAAAAAUGGUACUGGAGAAUCCGCCGUGCCCCUGUUUAUUAAAUUCCAAACGGAAAAUAUGGGAUAGCUGUCCUUGCUUGACAAAAUCUGAGACGGCUGUGUCAAAUGGUCAUCAAAAACCAGUAUCACCUACCACCGUGAAGAAUAAUCAAGAAGCAAGUAAACCAACGGUGAAAACAGGUUCGACACAGUCUGCCCAAACGCAAACUAGGCAUUCUACAACGCAAACACUGAAUACCACCCAUAAUCAUACAAUAACACCGCAAAGCGCGACAUCGCAUUCACAUACGCAUGGAUCUCCUUCGGACGUAGCAAAAAAUACAGGACCCACUCACAGAUCUCAUACGCAUAGCAAUCAUGCGUCGCACGCUUGCCACAAGCAGGCGACAGUCGAGCACAUUAAGAGAGUUUCGUGUAACGAUCUAAGUUCCGGGGACGGGGACUGUUCGGAUUCCGGAAGUAGUCAAGAAGAUUCUUGUUCCACUACUAGUUCAGCGCAAAGGGAUUCGAGUAGACAUUGCGACUGCUGUUACUGCGAAGUAUUUGGCCACGGAGUUCCUUCGGUAGCGCCGGUUAGUCGGAAUUACAAUGAAAUGAGAGAACGUUUACGACAGUUGUUGACUAAGAAAAAGGCUAAGAAGUGUAAAGCCAGUUGCAGUCCUUCGAAAAGUCCCUCGGAGUCGGUCGUGUCUAACGCUAGCGUAGAAUCGAAGGCAGUGACGAAUACGGCGCCUAGAUCGAACACUCCAGUUUUGAGUAACGUUCCCACAGUGCAAAGCGAUCAACGGGAUCAGAGGGAUCUAGAAGAGUUGCUUGAAUUCAUUGAAGGGAAUCAGAAUGGGAAGAAAGAUAAUAACAAAAAGGCCGAAAAGAAAGCCAGGCAGAAGCAACGAAAGUUAGAAGAAAAGCUUAAAAGAGACAGACAAGAAGCACAAAGGCAGAAGCUAAUGGAGUUGCAAAAAAAGACACCGGAAGUAACGAUCACGAUCGUAGAUCCACAGAAACCUGUUCCUCAAAGAUUAUUACCUCAGUGUAACCUACCCGAAGUAUCUAUUUUACCUACGUCGCCGCCAGUAGCAUUACCGGCUGUAAAACAAUUAAGUAAUAAAAAGAAAGACAAACAAGAAGUCUGUAGCAGUAGUAGUAACGCUAGUAGCAGUAGCUGUAGUAGCAGCAGCAGCAUCAGCAGUAGUAGUAGUAGUACCGGUAGUAUAAAUAACAAAACGAAGACUGCUUCUGUGAAUACGAACACAAAGAAUAAAAGUAUUAGCAAACCUGACAAAACGGUGAUCUCUGGUCAAACGAACAACAAAGCGGCGAUCAAGAACGAGAAAACUGAUAUCGGGAAUAAAAAUAGCAAAGUGCAGGCAGCCAAUAACAAUACCGCAAACGUUAAGAGUGGCGCGAACAGCGCUACGGAGAAAUUAGUGACCGUUGAUUCGAAUGAGAAGAACUUGACGAAGAAGGAGAGGAAGAAAUUGAAGAAAGAAAUGAAAAAGUUGGAGGAGGCGAAGGCAAAAGAGGAAACGAAGAAACCGAUUCAGACGGAGACGCAGCCUCAAAUAGUGACGAUCAAGAGAGUUAUGGAAUCGAAUAGCGCGGAACCGACAGUGACGAUCACAUUGAAGGGGCAAACGCCAGCCGAGGAUAAAGUUUUGUUCACGUUGGUGAACGGUCAGACCAAGGAAGUGACUGGUUUGAAAUUAGAGAACGAACAGAAUCAGAAUAUCAGCGGAAAGAAGAAGAAGACUAAAGCAAAUAACAACAACAAUAAUAAUAAUAGCAAUAAUAAUGCUAAUCAUAAUUCACUACAACAGGGGAAUAAACAGCAAUUAAAUAAUUCGAAACAGCAAGUACAAAAUAAUAAGAUCUGCGAUACGAAGAACAAUGUGAAGCAACAAGCAAAUAAUGAAAAGGGUAAAGGGAAACAGGUCGAUGAGAAAAAGAUUCAGCAACAGAAUAUUACCGAGUCGAAGUCAAAGUCGAAGAAAGACAAGAAGAGCACCGAGAAUAAAGAAAACGUGCUUCAACAGAAUGUCGUGAACAAAAACAAGAACCAGCAGCAGAACGCGUCGGGGAAAAAGCAGAGCAGAGUGCACACUCCGCCCCAGACGCCAGUUGCACAGAAGACGUCGCAAAACGCGAAUGUUACCAACGAAAAGAACAACAAAAAGUCCAAAUCCCAGGUGCAAGAUAAAAGUAAUCAGUUGACUUCUAUCAAGAGUAAUAAAAACGCGUGUAACAAUGUAACGAUUAAACAGACCAAAAAUGACAACCAAAAGGUUCAGAACAAAGUGAUGAAUCAAAUGACGGAUAAGCAGAGAGCGGAAGUACAGCCAGUGUCCGAAGAAAGGGGCAAUUCGCCACUGAGCAGCCAAUUUAAGGAUAUCAGUGCGAAUUCGAAAAUUAAUAUAGAGAAUUUGAAAUUACCGCCAGGUAUUACUAUAACAAAAGUCGAUGCUCCAGCAAAACCUUUACCUAUAAGAUCGGCGCCGUUGCCUAAACCGGUAAACCCUCCCAAGCAAACUACCAUAAUCGCCGCGCCGAUGAGCGGAAUUCAGUCAAGUUACGCCAGUCCGCAGGCAGGAGGCAAUGUAAUCGUGGUGGAUACUGGGAAAUUAAAGCAGGAUCUUUUACCGAAACCUACUGAGAAAGAUGUGCCUAAAGAAACGCAGCAAAGUCAGAGCACUAGCAGCAAAAGGAAGAAGAAAAAGAACAAAAACGCGGCGAAUACCGGUAAUGUAGCGAACCCCGCAACGGUACAAAGCGGCGACCCUUUCAUGAACGAUCACACAGACGAACCGGCUAGAAUACUUCACAAUCCGAACACCAAUAUGGUGACUAUAAGGAAUCCCGCAUUCGGUCCGAUGAAAGUGCCGCCUACCCAACAAGCGGCCAUCAUAAAGGUGUCGGAAAACGGUAUGGUGACCAUCAGGAGUCCCGCGUUGCAGCACGCGAUCAAUGCGGGCCUGACGUCUCCGCCGAAACCGGAUUAUAUCGUGAAGGGUGAUCUGACGUCGCAGAAGUCGUCAGAGAACUCGAGUGUGAAGCACGCGAACGGUAUUAUACCGUCUAGUUUGGCGGAAUUGAGGAGUAGAUUGACUCCGGAUUGCACGAGCCUGAGUGGUCUGGCGAAUAUACAAAUCAGCAAAGUGGCGAACGGUCAACCGAUACCGGAGGACGGGAUCAAUUUGAAGGGAACCAGCGUAACGCUGACGAAGGUGAGGACGGAUACGAGUAUGGAGGACGUGCAAUGCGCUAAGUCGGCAGUGAGAGAGGUGAUAAACGCCUCGAUUGCGGCGUCGACUACUGGAAAGAGCAAGAAAAAGAAAAAACGCGGAACUGGCACGAGGCAGUGCGGAGAUGACUGGAACCUCGUUGAGAGCGUAUUCACGCCCAAAGAUAUAGACCUCGAGGAUGGGGAGAUGGACGACGCGGAACGGGAGCUGGAAGCCUUCAAGAGGUUUUGCCUACAAUCGGUGCCGCCGCCGCGUAAGGAGAAAGUCAAUCUGAACAUCAAGGAUAUCGUCUUGAAGAAGAAGUCUUCAUCUUCCUCAACAGCGGCCGCGGUCAUCGCCGCGAAUUGAUUUCUCUUUUUCGGCGAACGUUAAACGCUGCCUGCUACUACAUGUUAAUACGCGAGCUCGCGUUCAAAUGUUGGCUUGACGCAAAAUGAAUUAAGAUUCUUUCACACCCUCGCACGACGCAUCGCUUCAUUUUAUUUAUCAGGCAUUAAUAUAUUAUUCGACUAGUCUGGCGAUUAUAAAUUAAUGCAAUAAUGUGCGAAUCGUACGGAAUGGACAGUUAAUUUCACUUUCGUGCGGAUACGAAUUGUAGAUCUCGGAGUGCGCGCGCGUAAUGCGCUCUUCGCGUCCGAAAGCGAUCGCAUAAUCAUGAUCCGUUGGGAGAAAACGUGCAGUAUGCGUGCGAUACGCGGUAUUCUCGUUGUACACGUGCUCCUAACGCGUUGAAUGUAAAGACAAAAUUGCGAUCCGGCCGAGCUGCGUGCUCAGAAUCGGGAUAAGUUCGAUGGCGAAACGCGUGAUGCACAGUAACAUGAAGAUUAGCCAUGUGUCGCGAUUUACACUGAACGCGUGAAAAGCAAAUACCGCUAUUUUCGUUUUUGCAUCGAGCCAAUCAUUGACUGAACGUGUAUUGUAAUACUGCCACGGCCGAUGCGCGUGAAGUCACGCGAUGGGCCGGAAACACUCCCGGAUAUACACGCACUGGACUGCGUCUAGUUGCUACGUACUCGUUGAUCGCAUAACAGGAAAGACCAUUACGAGAACGGUUGAACGAUAAACAAUUGUAACAGCAGCUACUAUAUACAACGUUUGUAACGUUGCACCAAGAGGAGGGGGGAAUAAUAAUUGUCGCCGUGUCUGCGCCUAGUCGACUUCGUAUUUUUAAUAUUACUAGUAGACGAGCGUGCCGCUUCCGUGCGUGGAAGCAUCGACUAGCGAUGAAAGAAAUUGACGUUUAAGUAGAAUCGUGUACGAGGAGGGUUGGGUAACAGUUUGCGGCAUUUUUGUCGAGACGCAGCGAGUCGUAGGCAUGUAUAAUGUUAUGUAAACUCUGUAUGUAUGUAUAUGUAUACUUAUAAAUAAAGUAGGAACGAAUUUUCCCGUCGGGCGGACCGGUGGUUGCGCGAGAAACAUCGGCCCUCGACUGUGGUUCCGGGUACCUUAAUGGCGCUCGUAACGAUACCUGACCGGGUAUCAUGUUCGAUUUUUUAAAUGAAAUCGUUCCCUGUUUGUGGUACCGAUCGCGUCCCGUCGCCAGGUUCGUGAUCGCUGAGUUAAGAGCACAGUUAUCGAUCGACGAUCUUAUGUACACGACACCACAGUACACACGGAGACACAUUUUCUCUUCAUUUUUUUUUCAAUAAAAGCAGAUAUGCAUUUUUACCGUG